AUGAGCAGUGUCUCUUCCUUCGAACCCGACAACUCCGACGACUCUGAUUUCUCCAUCGAGUCCAAUCGCGGGCGGCAGCAGCGGCGCUCUACUUCCCGGUUAGAAUCCCUUGAUCUUAGAUUUCCACAUUCAGAAGAGCGCAAUCUCUCACAAGAUCAUGCGAGCUAUGAAACUGAGCCGGAAGGGGGGACCGAAGAUGAACCAAAAUCCUCCCAAAACCGGUGGGAACAACGCGAUGCACUUCUCGCCGAUUUGAAGCAGAAUUCCUUAGCUCAAUAUGUCACACUUUUAAAGCAAACAGAGAGCGAUAUCCCAGCGACCAAAUUGAUCGAAGAUGACAACACAUAUACGAUUACUCAAAAUGGUUCGGUGGUCUGGACCUCGGCAGAAAAGACACUACUCUUUAGACUGCUCGACAAGAAUGGCAAGGCUGGGAUCCAACAGAUCGCCUCUAUGCUUGGGAGCAAAUCAGAAUUGGAGGUGGUGGAUUAUCUCGAAUUAAUUCACCGUGGAUUGGAACGCCUUAAAGAGAAAAGAUCCCCAGACACCAUAGUUUUGGGUGACGUCCCCGCUGCCGUGGAAGUCAGCAAGGAAUGCUGUGCUGAGCUCGAUAAAUAUGCGCGAGCACUGGUCAUGAGAGAGGAUCUCGAUCUGGAGCUAGCGCAUCGAGCAACUUAUGAUGCGAAUGCGCUCAUUGCCCACGACCAGGCCUGGAAACUUGUUGCAGAAGAGGUCAAUCCUCCUUUGCGUGGCCGUAUUGAUCUCGCUGCAAAUGUGUUGCACGUUCCAGGCUGGGUCAAUCUCUCUACAAUGUUCUUCAUGAAUUUCGGCGGGUCAAGAUCGGAGGAUUGUUGGAGUAACAUCGUUCAAUCAAAAAGCGAGUCUCCCUCUCUGCACGGUGAAGCUCUCAUGGAUUUCUAUGCUUUGACAAUGAGCAUCACGCGCCGCUUGGUUCAGUCCGCAAUCUUCUUUGCUAUGACACGGCUACAUGGUCUGCGCGCAAUGGGCAGAGAACGAGGAAAAUUCGUUCGAACGAGAGAUGUGAGAGCUGCCCUUGACGUGCUGAACAUGAAACACGGUCGAGCUGGCUUCUUUGUCGAUGUCGCGCGUCGAAACUGUCUGGCCAUCACUGACAAAGUGGAUGGCGAGGAGCAGCCUCGUGUUAUCAGCUACGACAAGGCCCAUGAAAUUCUCCAGACAGAAGAAAACUCCGAAUCCGAAUCCGAAUCUGAUCAAGACGACAUCUCAAGUGAACUGGAACGGGACGACGGUCAAUCUGAAUCGGAUUCUGUGUUGUCGGAAUUCACUUCAGACUCGUCUUCAUUGCCCAGGACCGAAUCUUACGAAAUACCUCUGGACCCCGAAGAAGAAGAUGCCAAUCUUCUCGAUCUCGAAAUAAGUCGCCGCGAAGAAACCAAAUUAUGGCGUUUACUAGAACAGCCCGUGCCAUCUCGACUCAGAGUUCAACUCAUCCCAGAAAAUAAAAAUGAAAAAGACAUACUCGUCCAUAGACCUCCAAGGGAGUGUACGUCACCAGAAGACUACAACCCGACAGACCGCGACUGGCGCGACCGAACUCUCUACUGCAGUGAUUGGGAAGUGUAUGCGGAUGGUACUCAGGAGCUCGAGGACGACUUGAAUGAGAACCGACGGAAAAGAUGCUGGACUAUGUAUGAGGAAAAAACAUCAGAAGAAGUGGAAAGCCCAAGAAAAAAGACCGCCCCCGAUGUCAUCACUAUUGACGAUUCGGCCAAGGAAGAUGCUGGAGUCGGCACAGUGGUUGAUGAAAGUCUGGACGAAAUGAGUGAGGACCGUAUGGAUGUGGAUGAACGCAGUCAUAUUCCAAGUGUUGUGAAACCACGCUAUGGAAGUGCAGAAUAA